AUGCCACCGAAAUCGGGAGACUCGGCCGAACUAAACUAUGAUAUGAAUUACAAUCUAUUCCUACUGAAGACUUCCAUGCAGAAUCUGAAAUCGGCUCAAGGUGAGUACAAUUAAUUAUCUCAUGCUAGUAUUGUCACAGCCGAUCUUAUUAUCAUUUUACACAAUACGCGCUGCCUGCCACAAUUAAAACGGUCGAAUUUCACUUUUUCGAAUUUUUUUUAAAGCUAUUAAAAUAUUUUAUUAUUCUGUUUUAAUAUAAAUAUCUACAAAUCAGGGUACUGAAGAAUUUAGUAUGCCAUAAUAACAUUAAGUUUCUUUUCUUAAAAUUAGAUUUUCAUUCACUGAAAACAAAGAUACUUCAAAUUAAUUUGUUUUUAAGUUGAUCUUACUGUAAAGCUCAUCGAGUGUGAAAAACUGGAAACAAAAACGGGAAUAUAUACGAAAUAUAUUAUUUAAAUAUUAUGAUUUUUUUUCCUGUGCACAACUUUUCUACCAGUAAUUUUGUCCCGAAUUAUAAUGAUAGCUAUGUUUCUAAAAGUAAAUUUUAUCAGGGAGGUAAUUUAGAGACGUCAUUUUUGAUUUUUUUAGGAGCUUUCUUAUCAAAUUAGAAAUACCGAAAAUAACGGAGAAAAAACGGAAAAACGUAGGAAAACUGUAAAAAUCGUUACAACAUUUAUACAAAUAUUAUUAGAGAAAUUGUAUAAAGCCUAUUUAAUUAGUUUUACUAUAAAAUGACAUAAAAUUGUUGACAAAACCUUAUUAUCAACUGAACUCUGCUCAAAAUCAUUUUUUCGUAAGCAAUGGUUUAUCAUUGCUUACAGGUAUACAUUAAAUUAUCUAACAGUGACUUCACUCAUCCCCAUUAUCCUAGGACGUCUUUUUUUUUAAAUUUUCUUUAACAAUUAAUCUACUAAGAUACAAAUUACAAACUUUUGUCAAUUUUAAUUUUACGUUUUUUUUUUUUGUAUUUUCUUAAUUAUAACAAAGCUACAGAGAAAAUCAAAAACAAGUGACCUACUCAGAAACUAGAUUAAAAUUUGGAAUAAUUCGAAAAGAAAAUUGUAUAUUCCGCCUUUUUUGGUUUUUCCAAUUUUUUUAAAAAAAUACUUUAGACAUUAAAAACAAUAUUUUUCUGUCGUUGGCUAUAUAUUAAAAGGAAUAUAAUCGAUCUCUUGUUAUUUUUCGAUUGGACUAAUAUUUCUGGUAAAAUACAUAAGUUGAACAUAUUAAAAUUAUUAAACCUGGACGCUCUAGACGUUGUUAAAAAUCUGCAUUAAUCGUAGAUGUAUACGUAAUAUAAUAACGUUGUGCAAUUACGUAUCCGUAUCUAAAUAUUAAAUAAAAGAUAUAUUUUUUCAAAAUUUCAAUUACCAGUGUAUACAUUUGUAGGAGUAACAUGAUUCAGCAAAAAACGCUAAAAGNAGAUACAGCCUUUUUUAUUGAAUCAAACGGCAACGUAUCUCUGUUAUCCUCUAGUAAACUAUUUUUGUCUAAUUUACAGACAAACACAGCGUUAACCGUUGGGUACAUAAACUUUUGGCCAGCAACAAAUCGAUAGCCGAGAUGAAGCUUCGAAACGACUUCAUGUACCACCUGGUUACGUCCGUUCAGGAGGGUGAGCUCCGAGCGCCGUUCAAUCAGUACCCGCCGUCAGCGCCGUUAAGUAAUCUCACAUACCUGUUGACGGGCAACGCACCAAGCGCAGGAAAGGACGGAAAUAAAGGCGGUGGCUCGUGGGAAUGUGACUUGUCCAGCGAGGAUACGGAUAAGCCAAUGUUGUACAGACAAUCUCCGGACGGCGGAGCUUUUCUAGCAGCGCAGCCCGUGCCUAAGUGCGGUGCGUUCUGUUACUUGGCUGUGGUCAGCAAGCCUCCGGCCAAAGACGACAAACCCAAACUAUAG